GUCUACUUCUGUAACGAGAUGACAAAAAAUGGAACGGAAGCAGCCAGUAAUCGUCUGGAGUCAGAUGGUACCUCUGGAGACGAUCACCAUCACACCCAGCAUUCACAGCAUGAGUCUACUUUCUGUAACGAGAUGACAAAAAAUGGAACGGAAGCAGCCAGUAAUCGUCUGGAGUCAGAUGGUACCUCUGGAGACGAUCACCAUCACACCCAGCAUUCACAGCAUGAGUCUACUUUCUGUAACGAGAUGACAAAAAAUGGAACGGAAGCAGCCAGUAAUCGUCUGGAGUCAGAUGGUACCUCUGGAGACGAUCACCAUCACACCCAGCAUUCACAGCAUGAGUCUACUUUCUGUAACGAGAUGACAAAAAAUGGAACGGAAGCAGCCAGUAAUCGUCUGGAGUCAGAUGGUACCUCUGGAGACGAUCACCAUCACACCCAGCAUUCACAGCAUGAGUCUACUUUCUGUAACGAGAUGACAAAAAAUGGAACGGAAGCAGCCAGUAAUCGUCUGGAGUCAGAUGGUACCUCUGGAGACGAUCACCAUCACACCCAGCAUUCACAGCAUGAGUCUACUUUCUGUAACGAGAUGACAAAAAAUGGAACGGAAGCAGCCAGUAAUCGUCUGGAGUCAGAUGGUACCUCUGGAGACGAUCACCAUCACACCCAGCAUUCACAGCAUGAGUCUACUUUCUGUAACGAGAUGACAAAAAAUGGAACGGAAGCAGCCAGUAAUCGUCUGGAGUCAGAUGGUACCUCUGGAGACGAUCACCAUCACACCCAGCAUUCACAGCAUGAGUCUACUUUCUGUAACGAGAUGACAAAAAAUGGAACGGAAGCAGCCAGUAAUCGUCUGGAGUCAGAUGGUACCUCUGGAGACGAUCACCAUCACACCCAGCAUUCACAGCAUGAGUCUACUUUCUGUAACGAGAUGACAAAAAAUGGAACGGAAGCAGCCAGUAAUCGUCUGGAGUCAGAUGGUACCUCUGGAGACGAUCACCAUCACACCCAGCAUUCACAGCAUGAGUCUACUUUCUGUAACGAGAUGACAAAAAAUGGAACGGAAGCAGCCAGUAAUCGUCUGGAGUCAGAUGGUACCUCUGGAGACGAUCACCAUCACACCCAGCAUUCACAGCAUGAGUCUACUUUCUGUAACGAGAUGACAAAAAAUGGAACGGAAGCAGCCAGUAAUCGUCUGGAGUCAGAUGGUACCUCUGGAGACGAUCACCAUCACACCCAGCAUUCACAGCAUGAGUCUACUUUCUGUAACGAGAUGACAAAAAAUGGAACGGAAGCAGCCAGUAAUCGUCUGGAGUCAGAUGGUACCUCUGGAGACGAUCACCAUCACACCCAGCAUUCACAGCAUGAGUCUACUUUCUGUAACGAGAUGACAAAAAAUGGAACGGAAGCAGCCAGUAAUCGUCUGGAGUCAGAUGGUACCUCUGGAGACGAUCACCAUCACACCCAGCAUUCACAGCAUGAGUCUACUUUCUGUAACGAGAUGACAAAAAAUGGAACGGAAGCAGCCAGUAAUCGUCUGGAGUCAGAUGGUACCUCUGGAGACGAUCACCAUCACACCCAGCAUUCACAGCAUGAGUCUACUUUCUGUAACGAGAUCCUGGAGCAGAACCGGACUUAGAACCGUCUACACAGCAAGCCCAGGAGACCUUGGCUGGACCACAUCAGUUCCCAAAGGUGUAAAGAUGGUUAAGAGAAAGAAGUGGGAGACCGGUGAAGUGAAAGCAGUUGAAAAACAUCUGAACAGGUUCAUUAAAACUUGCACAGUGCCAGGAAAAAAAAGAAAGUGAGGCUUGUAUAAAAGCUGAUCCUGUUGCACUGAAAGACCGAGAUGUUCUUUGUAAAGAACAGAAUCACUGCACUUAAAAGGAAAAUGUAAACCAGAACAAAUGUCGUUUGCACAGUCUUUGUUUUUUUACGUUCAUUGAUUGUUCCAACAGAAAAAAAAGGUUUUAUUUCAUUGUAUAUUUUAUUUGAUGUCAAUCUUUGAAAACAAUGGU